GCAUGUGUUCAAACUGAGACACAAUAGGCACUUUUGGUGCCUAUUUGGUUUCAUUCUUUUGGUUUCAUUUUUCUCGUUUUGGGCUCGUCUCGUUGACGAUGCUCUGAUUAUUACUGUAAUGGUCAAUAUCGUGAAGUGGAAGUCACCUCCCCAGCGCCGUGCUCUCGAGUUCUGCUGUCUUACCCAUCUCCAGGAGGACCUCCCAUUUCGCUGGGUCACUGCACUGCAGUGUCUCGGAUACAAAGAAGAGUGCAGACGGCAGAAGAUCAUGUUUGGUUUCCAUAAAUCCAAGAUCUACCGGAGCUUAGAAGGUUGUUGUAUUUGCAAGACCAAAUCGUCCAGCUCCCGGUUCACAGACAGCAGACGAUACGAGGAAAGCUUUAAACUUUGUUUUGGUUUGAUAGAAGCUCGGGCAGGAGAUAUCUGCAAUGCCUGUGUACUCCUGGUGAAGAGAUGGAAGAAACUGCCUGCUGGAUCCAAAAAAAAUUGGAGUCAUGUGGUCGAUGCACGAGCUGGUCCGGGCCUUAAAACACUUGUGAAGCCUAAGAAAAUGAAACCUGACAAUGUUGUUAAAAAGAAAAACAAAUUGCGACGACUUCAGGAAAAAUUUAAAAGACAGAAUUCAGAUGCACGUAGCACAACAUCUAGUAUUUCACCUUCCCAGUCGCCCACCCACAGCAACCAGUCUGAUGAUGGGUCUGAUACAGAAACCCAGAAAGGUCUUUCCUUGGAACCAGUCUUUUCAUUCCUGGAUCUGACUUACUGGAAAAGGCAAAAGAUUUGCUGUGGCAUUAUCUACAAGGGUCGUUUCGGUGAGGUGCUAAUUGAUCCUCGUCUUUUCAAACCUUGUUGUAACACAAAAAAGGACACUGAAUCUGUGAAACAGGCUGAAACGGCACUUCAGAUUAUUCAAGAAAAUUGGUAAUGUGUACUGCAGCGACUGGAUUCUCAUCUCUGGUCACUUUGCCUGUAUUUGCAUCUUUGUCUCCAGUGGCAGACUUUAAGUAUUUGAUACAAUUUUAUCAAAGUCAAAUCAUUUCUCUCGAUCAGAGACUGCUUAAAGCAGUGAUCUCAGUUUUAUAAAUCUGCAGUGUCAUAGUUAUUUCAAAAGUAGGCUAGUCUUUCAUUGAAGUUCCAUUUGAAAUCUCCAGGUAUAUAUUAGAAAUGAAUUCUGUUGUCAUAAUGUUUAAACACAAUGAAUGGCUAUUUUUGUUAAAGCAGCAAUUUAAACUAUAGCUGUGUAUUUCUGGAAACAUUUUUAUUUUGUAUUUUAGAUUUGUCAAAAUAUGUUAUUGUUCAUCUAGUCAUCCCUGCACCCCAGCUUGGCCUCCUGAAAGGUUGAAUCAAUGGAUUACCUGGCCUUUAUAACCAGGGUUGCCAAAUUGUUCUGGUAUGUGAGCUGUGCAAUAGAUUUUUUGUCUUUUGAUACUAUACUGGCAGAUACUCUUGUACAGUAGCAACCUUUGAGUGUCCCUUAAGUCACUGGAAAAUUGGGGGAGUGUUUUCUGAUACCUUCCCCAGUGUAUUUUUGAUUAUAUAAUCUAAUUCUUUUUAAGAGUAAAGUCAUGUGAAAUAAUUUUUCUUGUAUUCAUCUUACUGUUGUAGACCAGCCUAGUAACAGUUAUUCUGUAGAGGAAGGUUUUUAUAUGACUAGUUUUUUUAAUGUAGAGUUUUCAUUGAGGGGGUAGAAUUUGCUUUUUUUUUACUCCGAGUAAGAGAAGAACUGGAGUAAAGUAUCCUGUGGAUAGUUCUAUGCACCAAUUUCUCCACAUUUGGGUUAGAAAAAUAAUUUGAACUGGAUAAAGUACAGUUUCAUCUCUUGGCUAACGUCUGGACAUUAUUUUCUCAUGGUCUCUCAUCCCUGUCUGUUUUCUUUGUCUUUAUGUCUCUUUGUCGUCUCCUCUCUAUACCUCUGCCCCUCUCUCUCUCUCUACCUCUACACUCUCCCCCCCCCCCCCCUUCCUGAAUUUGUCCUACUUGAAAAAAAUAUUAGUUGUCUUGUUUUGGUUUUCCUUGCAAGUUUGCUGCUUGUUUGCUGGAGGGUGGUUGUGAAAGAGGGCAAGAGUUUCCUUCGACUAUCCUUUGUCAUUUGGUGGUUGGUUGUCUGAGGAUUUUCCAAGGGUUGGUUGCAUCUGUGUUGUAGUCUGGAAAAAGACCAUUCUCUUGAACUUCUGAACAAAGUUGGCUUUGUUAAAGGUGAGGACUGGUUUUCUUGUGUUGGAUUUGGGGCUUCUCAGGCUGAAGGAAUCACCUGUAAAGUUAAUAUUUUAUGUCCAUCUGUGAGUGUCCUCGAGGUGGACGGUGAACUAAUCUAUCAGUUACUUUUGGUUUGGAGAGCGUAAUCCUCCAGUGCUGUUGAGCCGGGGAUUUCCGGAUUUAGACCCUGUUGGUGAGAGAUUAGCUAAUUUGGCAGGUCCGCACCUUGGAGGGGAACUUGUAAGGAUGUUCUGGCAAGCAAAGAGUUGUGAGCUUUGGUUUUGCGGGUCUGCCACAUUUCAUGGUCACGUACUUUGCAGUCUGGUUUGGGAAGUGCCAUUGGACUGGAUAAGGAGUUGCACUGUAUUUUAUAGAUAGUAUCCACUGUAGCUAAUGCAUGCUGCUGGAGGAGGGAAUUAAUGGUUCUCAUUGGUAUUGAGUGCUAACCUAUCAGGCUGUUUUGCCCUGGAUAGCGUUGGUGUUGCUGGAAAUGCACUGGAAUUGUCUCUUAAUUGACUUCUGUUCCAAAGAUGAUAACCCCAGUUUAUCUAAUCUUUCUUCAUUGUUGUUCUUAGCAACAUGCUUGUAAAUUUCCUCUGAAUCCUGUUCAGUGUAACCACAUCUUUCCUGUAUCACAGCGAUCUGAACUGUACACAAUUUUCAAGCUAUGGCCUAACAAUCAUUGGAUAAAACUUUAGCAUAACUUCCGUGAAAUGUGCCUCGGCUAGUAAUGGAACUAUUGUCAGUUCUAAUUGAAAUGUAGAGUUUUUUUUUUCAUACAGAGAUUGAUGGUGCACUCUGAACUCUAUUAAAAUGUAAGCUUAGAUGUUAAAAAUGUAUGGUUUUGUACAAUUUUAAUGACACUGGAAAUUACAGACCCUGUCAUUGACCUGUGUGCUUUAGUUCUUUGGAAGAAAUUUGCCAAUUAUAAUUGAUCAAUUACUCUUGAUCUUGGCUUUUAAUUUGCAGGUUCACAGGCACCCUGGUUUUCGGUCCAGAUCAGCAAGGGGAAAUCUAUAAAUGAUAAAUUACCUGUUGUGAAUUGUACAUUAGGGCUAAGAUUUUUUUAAAUUUACUACUAGAGUUGCCACAAUAUUGUGAUGCUUUCUUUAGGAAGCUACAUCUACUGUAUUAGAAAUUCACUUGUAUCUAUUCCUUUGGGUAAUAUAUAAAGUUUAAUGAUUGUCAUUGCCUGGUUUUCUGGUUAAAAACUUUACCAAAUGGAUUUUUUAAAUAUCUGUGUGCCUUAGUAAAAUCAGUGUAGAUGCAUGUAAGAUUUUGGUUUUAUUUCCUAAGAUCUGGCAGAAACCAUUUUGUCCAUUGUUAUUUAUUUAUUUAUUUGAACAUCCCACAAAUCCAUUGUUAUUUACCAGAGUCCAUAUUCAUUUCCAAAGUCUUCAAGCUUGUGCACUUUUGCUAAAUAAAGCUUUUUGUGACCAACAGCUCCCAUAUGGCUGCAUUUUAUAGACACUUGUAAUACUUUUAUAUUUAAAUAAAAAUGUACU